UGUUGUUUCUCGUCUUAAUUUUUUUAAUUUCAAUUUCAAUGUAAUUAACAGUAUCUAAAUGAUAAAUUAAAGUCCAUCUUAUAUGUGUCAAAGUUUAACUGCCGAGUAUUGAGUAGAGUAUUACGGCUGUAAAUAUAUAUUGAAAACCUAAACAUGGCAGAUAAAUUAACUUUAGACAGACAUGCUAUGAAAGACCGGGCGACAUCUCAUCUCCGUAUAUACGUUGGAGGCUUACAGGACAGCGCAACUAUCGAUGAAUUGUACGAACACUUUAUACAAUUUGGCCAAAUCAAUGGUAUUGUGAUAAACAGAAACUUUGGCUUCGUACAGUUUGAAGAGGAAUCAAGUGCCCAAGAGGCUAUCAGUAAAGCCAAUGGCAGUAUCUUCCAGGGGAAAAGUCUUAAUGUUAAGACUGCUCAGACAAACCUUACUGUUGAGAAAAGUAGGCAUAAUGACCAAGUGGCUAUACAACAAGAAGUACCACCAUCAGUUGCCCUCAAUGACAAGCUACCUUUGAAUGCUGAUGAUGGUAAUGAGGAACUUUAUGAUAAUUUUGGAAAUUAUAUUGGUGACCAAAAUUACAGAGAGGAGGAGUAUGAGGAAGGGUAUCAAGGCAAGCCCGGGUGGGAGGGUCGCGGCGGUGCGCGAGGCCGCGCGGCGCCGCGUGGAGCUCGUGGGCGCGGAGCCCCAGUGCGCGGCCGCGGCGCGCCGGGCUUCCGCGACAGAUCUCCUGUUGUAGGGGGCAGAGGCGGCGACUGGAAGGAACGAGGUGGUUACGAUCGGUAUCAACAACAGAUGUCGGAUUACCCCAGAGCCCUUCCCGUCACAGAGAGGAACGACUGUGAAAUUAUUGUCGUCUCCAAAACAUUAACAGAGUAUGCGGAAUAUAUAGAAGGUCGUCUCAAAAGACUAGGCAUUGUAGUAGACCUUUUAUUUCCAAUGGAAGAUGUCCCGAUUGGCAAAGUGCUUGGUAACAUAGCAUCGCGCGGCUGUCUCUAUGCCGUUCUAGUCAUGCCACAGAAUCAGGAAAAUAGAUCUUUAACCUUGACUAUACUUCACGGAUUACCUCAAGAGCAUCGUAACAUGCCAUUGGAGGAUGCCCUUCAGCUGCUAUCACGCAACUUCCAAGAGGUACAGAGAGGCGGGCCCUCCGGCCGCGAGGCGGUGUACGCGCUGCUCGGACAACUCGCUGACGGACGCACUCUCACCGUCAUGCAGUACGAUAAAGUCAUUGAGUAUCUACAGGAACGCAGAGAGCAGCAAGUGAAAAUAGAGCUUGGGGAGCCUCUUACUUCAGCUCCGACUAACAAAACACAAGUAGAUCUCCAGCAGAGGAUUCUAAGCAUACUGAAUGACAAGAAAGUCAUAACCCCGACGGAGCCAUCGCCCCCGGCCGCGCCCGCCACGCCCGCGCCCACACAAAACAAACUUCUCAACGACCCCACAGUCAGAAAAGCAUUAGAUUCAAUAUUACAGAAAUUUACUUAGUCUGAUAAGUGUAAGAUACUAUGAUAAUAUAAGUGUAAUUUUGAAAAGGAAAAGCCCAAAUUAUAUUUGUGGAUAUAAUUCUGAAUUUUAUUCAAUAGAAUAUUCAUAGGUAUUUGAAAACAAGUAAAAACUGAAUUACUGUUUUAAUUAUGAAGAAAAUGUUUACUAUUGAAAAAUUUAUGGAUUUAUCUCUUAGAACUAAAAUUAAGCAAAGGCGGCUUUUUCUUCUCAGUAGAUGCAAGAUUGCAGGUUGCACUUUUGUAGCAUUUACUGCCAAUAAAACACAUGCCCUAA